AGGCGACCAAGAAGCUCGAGGCGACGGUGGAGCAGGAGGCGUGGGGGCAGGUCGAGGUGCCGGCAGAGUACCAGCGGCUCGUCGACUCCAUCGCCGCCAACCAAGUGCCGGAGGCGCCGCCCGCAUCCGCCGCCGACCACCUCUCGGCCGCCGCCGCCGUCUCCGCGGCGGUCGGGUCGGCGGAGGCGGAGCCGGAGGCGGAGCGGCAGCCGAGCCGCGCGUCGGACAUCGUUGUCUCGGGCGCGGGGUACAAGGUGGUCGGCUCGGGCCUCAUCCUCCUCUCCACCGUCGUGCACUACCUGCAGUGCGGCGCCGCGGUGCCCGCCGUCGCCCCGCCCAUCGCGCACGCGCUCCCCGUGCUGCUGCGCGGCUACCACACCCACGCCUACAAGCAAGUGCUGAUGGCGGGCGCGAUGCUGCCGACCUCGGCAGGACUCAAGUCCAUCUCCUUCAAGCACCUCGCGCUCUCCUCGCAAAGCCUCGGCGUCCUCCUCGCGCUGCUGCCGCACCUCAAGGCGAUCCUCGCAGCCUACCUGCCGGAGGCGCAGCGGCACGCGCUCAAGGAGUUCGACGGCGUCGAGUCGGACCUCGAGGCGCACCAGCAGCAGAUCUUCGCAAAGUUCGUCUCCAUCCUCGAGGAGCGGCGCCGCGGGCGAGUGAAGGACCUCUCCGCCGCGCUGGCGCCGCCGCAGGCGGCGGGCGCACAGCGGCAGCCCGAGCCGUCGGCAAACAUCAAGGCGGUGGCCGCCGAUUUGCGCGCCUGCAUCGUGCAGGACGUGCAGUUCUUGCGCAAGGAGGUCGCGCGGCUGCACCUCUCGCUGCCAAGCGGCUGCUGCCCAAACCUGGUCGCCUUCGCGCUCGCGCUGCCGGUGGCGUAG